AUGGCAUCAGAACCCUCCUGCUCUAAUAACUGCAUCCUACACAAUGGUUCGUUGUCAAUUAAGGACUCCAUUGACGCUACGUGGUUUUGUGACCGAGUCAAAGUAACCAAAUUCAUCUAUGACUGGAAAGUAGAACAUUUCAAUACGUUUAAUGGUGAUCUAAUUUCCCCAAUAUUCACCAAUGAUCACGCCAAUCCGCACAACAUCAAAUGGCAAAUGGGCCUAACGAAAGUUAAAAAAAUCGUCGUAUUGAAAGUGAAAUUGGUGUGCAGCGAUAAGCCGCUGAUGCACUUCAAAUUCGAAGGCUAUAUGGAAAAUGGUGAACAACGAAAGGAUAUUAGCCGAGACAAUCUGUACAAGGCUGUGCCCGAGGAUGUCUUUAUAUUUCCCCGGCCCAUUGAAAUCGAAAUUGAAAAGAUACCCGCAAAUGACACCUUGAUCACACAUUGUGAACUCGGUGUUAUUGAUGAUCUCAUUGAUAUUCCAUCAAGUGAUGAGUGUUUAGAUUGUUAUGAGGACACGGAUUUAUUUCAGGAUAUGGGUAAACUAUUGCAAAGUGAAAAAUUCAGUGAUGUCACGUUGAUGGUGGAGAAACAACAGCUAAAGGCCCACAAAAAUAUUUUGAGUAUGCGUAGCGAAGUAUUUGCCGCGAUGUUCGAUAACGAAGCCAUGACGGAGAAUACCUCAAAUUGUGUUGACAUCAAUGAUAUGGAAUAUCCGGUGGUUCGGGAAAUGCUUACCUUUAUCUACACCAAUCAGGCGCCGAAUAUUGAUGAAAUGCCCAUCGAACUAUUUGUGGCAGCUGAUAAAUAUGCGCUCAAGAAGCUAAAGGCAAAAUGUGAAAUUGCCCUGAAUCGCCAACUGACAUGUAAUAAUGCCUUGGAAAUCCUAAUAUUGGCGGAUCGUCAUAAUUCGGAAGUUGUAAAAUUACGUUCAAUACAUUUUAUUAAACAAAAUAUGGCCGAGAUAGAGAAGAACGAUGAUUGGCAGACUAUGUUAACGGAAUAUCCUCAGUUAAUUGAAGAAAUUGAAUUUUAUAAUGGUUGUGUUGAAAUGUGA